GGCGCGCACGUGACGUCUCGCAGCCGGCUUUUCUCCCCGCUCCUCCUUGCGCAGCUGCUGCACUGGUCUGCAGACAUGGCGAACGUCGCAGACACCAAACUGUACGACAUCCUCGGAGUGUCUCCCUCAGCCACCGAAAACGAGCUCAAAAAGGCAUACCGGAAAUUAGCAAAAGAGUACCACCCAGAUAAGAACCCCAAUGCGGGUGACAAGUUUAAGGAGAUCAGCUUUGCAUACGAGGUUCUGACUAACCCAGAGAAGAAGGAACUGUACGACCGGUAUGGGGAACAGGGCUUGCGUGAUGGAGGCGGUGGUGGAGCUGGAAUGGAGGACAUCUUCUCUCACAUCUUUGGUGGAGGUCUGUUCAGCUUCAUGGGCGGCCAGAGCAGCAGGAGCCGAAACGGCGGUCGGCGGAGAGGAGAAGACAUGAUACAUCCACUCAAAGUGUCUUUGGAAGAUCUGUACAACGGAAAAACAACUAAACUACAACUCAGCAAGAAUGUACUCUGCAGUGCCUGCAGUGGUCAAGGGGGUAAAACAGGGGCUGUGCAGAAAUGUGCCACGUGUAGGGGCCGUGGCAUGCGGAUCAUGAUCAGACAGCUGGCCCCUGGUAUGGUACAGCAGAUGCAGUCUGUAUGCACUGACUGCAAUGGAGAGGGGGAGGUGAUCAAUGAGAAAGAUCGCUGUAAAGAGUGUGAGGGCCGUAAGGUGAGUAAGGAGGUGAAGGUUUUGGAGGUGCACGUGGAUAAAGGAAUGAAACAUGGACAGAAGAUCACAUUCACUGGAGAAGCAGACCAGUCACCCAACACAGAGCCUGGAGACAUAAUACUGGUGCUGCAGGAGAAAGAGCAUGAGGAGUUCCGUCGUGAUGGCAAUGACCUGCACAUGGCUCACAAGAUUGGCCUGGUGGAGGCACUCUGCGGUUUUCAGUUCAUGCUCACGCACCUCGACGGACGACAUCUCGUCAUCAAAUAUCCCCCAGGCAAAGUCAUAGAGCCAGGUUGUACAAAGGUCGUCCGAGGGGAAGGAAUGCCUCAGUACAGAAACCCAUUCGAGAAAGGAGAUCUGUACAUCAAAUUUGACAUCCAGUUUCCUGAGAACGGCUGGAUCAGCACAGAGAAACUAACGGAGUUAGAGGAUCUGUUGCCAUCGCGAAUAGAGGUUCCCGUCAUCUUGGCUGAUGCAGAGGAAGUUGACCUGCAGGACUUUGACCUCAGUCAGGGGUCAUCUAGUGGUCAGCGGCGUGAAGCGUACAAUGACAGCUCCGAUGAGGAGGGGGGUCCACAUGGACCGGGGGUGCAGUGCGCCCACCAAUAAUCCAGAAGGUGUUUUUGGAAAUGUUAUGAUUCCCUUUUGUUGGACAGAUUCAAAGACCUCCAAACCAUUCAUCACAUAGUAUAGUGGACCGAACUCACAUGCGCGCACACACACAUAUACACACACACACACACACACACACACACACACACACACUCUCUCUCUCAAAAGUAAGACU